UCAUGCAUACUGAAGAUGUAUUCUACCAUUGGGCUACAUCUCUGCCCCUCCAUAAACUUAUGCUCAUGGUCUGACAGAAGGAGUUGGCACUGUAGUGGGUGGGGGUCUAGUUCCUGGGAAGCUCUAGGACAUGACUUCAUCUGGUAUAAAACACUGGGCAAGUUCAUAACUCAAAAUCUCCCCUAUUUUAUAGAGACACCCACAGCUGUUGAGAGAAAGGAGAGGCCUCUUCCAAGACUUAACAUUCACUCUGGAUUCUGGAUUUUGGCAUCCAUCGUUGUGACCUAUUACGUUGAUUUCUUUAAAACCUUUAAAGAAAAUUUUCACACCAAUAGUUGGUUUCUCUUUGGUGGGGCCUUGUUGUUUGUCAGCCUGUCAAUUGCAUUUUACUGCAUAGUCUAUCUGGAAUGGUAUCGUGGGAUUGAAGAAUAUGACGUCAAGUACCCAACGCUGGUGCCCAUCACAACCGCAACUUUCAUCGCAGCAGGGGUCUGCUUCAACCUGGCUCUGUGGAAUGUGUGGUCAUUUUUCACUCCCUUGCUGCUGUUCACCCAGUUUAUGGGGGUCGUGAUGUUCAUCUCACUCCUCGGAUGAGCUCCAGACUUAAGAACAUGACCAUUUAAAGUGAACAAAGCGUCCAGCUUGUCCGCUGACACAAAGGAGAAGCUCACUGUGCACUAGUGUCUCUGAAGUGAGUUGUUUCCAUGGAAAAAUGGUGACUUUCUAGAUCUGCUGUGGAAAUCAGAAUAAAUGAUCUUUCUCUUGGGUGUUCAAAACAAGUGAUUGAUUUUCAGCAGUUUGUGUUAGACAGAGCUAUUGAGCAGCAAGCGUUAAUCUGUCAGAUUUUGGAGACGGUAGUGGCUCCUCACAGGAGCACAGUCCCACAGGUUUACAGAGUCUGGCCCAUCUACUUGAAGGCUAGCUGCCCUUGUAUAGGUGGUUGGGUGAAGCAUGACAGAAUCGUGUUGCCACUGUUAGUAGUCAUUGGAGAGCUCGUAUUUGUCACAGCUUUUUAGGUAAGAGGACCGAAUGUGUCUUAUGGUUUCCUGUUAUUCUGGAUUUUAUCUUAUGUAAGUUAUUGGGUUUUUAACAUUUUUCAACUUAAGUUCUUUUAAUAAUGUUCAAGUAUAUAUACUUUUUUUCUGUAACAUCAAUAAAAUAUUUUUAUAACUUU